AGUGGAAACCAAAGAAGUGACACCUGACCCAUCGACGCUGCAAGAUGGAUUCUAUACCAAAGAAACUCUACCACAUUCAUGGAUUUGAUUCUAGAAGUUUCCUUGAAUUGUACUUCUCUGACAAGGAGGACAUGGUCUUUGAAGAAGAUUUUCUGAAAUUCCCAAUAAUGCAUCAUCACUAUGUGUUCAGCAGAGGUUUUAUCCGUGGAAAUCUUUUGAUUGAUCUCAGCAUGGGCUUCUUCAUUCACCAUCUAUAUUCAGCUGCCAACAUCUUCAAAGAUAUUAUUAUUAUGAAGUUCAGUGAAAAAUGUACCAUGGAACUGCGCAGAUGGCUUGUCGAUCGUACCGGAGCUUUUAGCUGGACUCACACAAAAACUGCUGUUGAAGAGUUGGAAGGAAAAAGGUGAAGUGUCUGCUGAUAAUUGUUUGUGACAGUAUCGAGUCUAUUUUGUUUUUAUA